AUGGCCGUGGAUCACUUCAGCUAUUCCGCUGUCGACCGCACAUUUGAAGAGAGAGAGCUAGUGGGCCAAGCAAUUGCGUGGAACCAUUCACUGGGAGCCAUUAAUUCCUUCGUCCUCAAAUGUGCGGUCGAAACCGGAAUACCUGAGGUGGUCCACGGCCAUGGGCGGCCCAUAACACUAUCUCAACUUGGUGCCUCACUUCCUACUCCUUGCACCAACCUCGGCGUCCUCCGUCGGAUCAUGCGCUACUUGGUACACAUGCAGCUCUUCACCGUCCAAAAUGAAGGGUCCGAUGAGAGGGAGGAAUCAUACGGGUCAACCUCGGCCACCAAAUUCAUCCUCAUCAACGAGGAGAAGAGCAUAGUACCGUUGUUCAAACUCCAGAUGCACGAGAAAUGCUUAGCUGCAUGGCAUACAUUAGGAUCUUGUAUGCAAGGGAAGGCCGGUAUGUGUUUGCCUUCGAGAGAAUGUAUGGAGAGAGCCUGUGGGUCUAUGCUUCUAAGCAUCCAGAUCUCAACGGCAUCUUCAAUAACGCAAUGGCUGGUGGGGUCCGAUCAGUGGCUAUGGAGAAGUGUUCCAAGGGUUAACGUCUUUGGUGGACAUAGGAGGCGGCAUUGGCCCACUAGCUCUUCUCUCUUACCAUUCUCCAUUUCUCACUUCAUCCUCUCCCGUUGGUGUACCGUACUUAAAUAG